CAAUCAACCGACGAGCGUUGCGUUACCUUGCCAGACUCUCAGGGCCAGUGCGCGUCUGACCACGUUGCCGAGAGCAUCCUUCCGUUGGUUGUACACAUAGUCUCGUUGAGUUAGGAGCUUCCGUUACAAUAUUUAAAAUAUGCCGAAUUGUCCAAAGUGUGACAAGCCCGUGUACUUCGCCGAGAGGAAGACAUCCUUAGGCAAAGAUUGGCACGGUUCGUGUUUACGCUGCGAGAAAUGCAAUAAGACCCUAACACCCGGAGGUCAUGCCGAGCAUGAAGGAAAACCCUAUUGCAAUCACCCUUGCUAUGCAGCUCUGUUCGGUCCAGGAGGUUUUGGACGUGGCGGUGCGGAAAGUUAUGUUUACAAAAAAUAAAAUAUAAAUUCAAUACAAUCCUCUACUUAAUUUAAGAAAAAUGUACAAUUUUGAAUGUAAGAAACUGACUUCGUUAAUUAUAAGAUAAUGAUCAUUUGAUACAUACGUAUAUAUUUGAUAUAAAAAAUACGUAAAUAAAGCUCUAUUUUGUAAAUGAUA